AUGUCACUUCCCAUGCAACCAAUUCCUUUCCGUGAGGAGAUCAAAACCCUGAUUGAGCGCAUCGCAGCUCUACAGAAGGAACUCAAGGAAAAGACAGAUAGACUCCACUUCCUCUAUGGCUUCGAACUGAGGUCUUCUGCUGCGCCGGUAGGCAAUGACAACGACAAUGAAGGAGCCGAGCACGACAAAGAUGAUGAACAAAGUGAGGAUGAGCAAGAAGUCGAAGCAAAGAAGACAGGCAUCAAGAAAACAGCUGCCAAGACAAAGAUCAAUAAAAUAGCCAUCAAGAAGACAAGCGUUAAGAAGGGCGAAAGCAAGAAUAAGGAGCCAAGAUUAUGCAAAAAGUGUGAGGAGAACUACCUGGAAGACAACGCCCGUUCCAACUGGGUGAACUGUAAGGAAUGUAGAGAUAAGAACACAGAGGUGUGGAAUGAGGGACGGGCAAACAGGGAGCGAAAGCAGAAGGAGCAGAACGCAAAGCAAAAAAAGCAACAGGGAGAUGAAGUCGAAGGAGACGAAGUAGGGGACGAAGUAGAAGAGGCUGAGGAAGGAGAUGAAGAGGAUCUAGAAGAGGACUCGGAAGAGGAACAGGAAGCAAGGAAGGACCAGCGCAAGCAACCUAAGAACAAGUCUGGAAAAACUGCUUCAGAACAGACUUAG